AUGAAAGCCGCGAGAUACCAUCCAGAGACGAACAAGUGCUCGGUCGAUGACAUACCGAUUCCGGAUAUCACUGAUGAUGAAAUUCUCGUCAAGAUGGCUUCCGCCGGCCUCUGCCAUUCGGAUCUGAUGCUCUUUGAAGGCUCACUUCCUGCUACUGAGCCGGUGACAAUGGGACACGAGGGGGUUGGUUUCGUUGAAAAGAUUGGGAAAAAUGUGAAAAAGUUCGGGCCAGGUGACCGGAUAGGAUUUUUGUACAUCAAGGGUGUCUGCUAUGAAUGCGAAGGUUGCCAAGUACACAACCUUAACUGCCUACGAGGAACACCUAAAUUACAUGGGGUUCAUACCGAUGGGUUCUUUGCUGAGUAUGCAGCUGUGGACCACCACAAUGCAAUCAUCCUACCGGACAACUUUGUGACCGAAACAUCAGCCCCAUACUUUUGUGCCGGCAUUACUGCAUUUCAUGCUGUGGAUCAGUGUGAGUUGAAGCCGGGUCAGUGGAUGGCUAUUGUCGGCUGUGGAGGACUCGGGCAAAUGGGCAUUCAGAUUGCGAAGGCCAUGGGACUCAAAGUUAUUGGAAUCGACAUCAACGACGACGUCUUGAAAGCGGCAUCGGAGGCCGGAGCAGACUUUGUCGUCAACAGCAAGGCUGAGGAUUACGUUGAAAAGGUUAAACAAAUCAGCGAGGGUGGCGCCCAUGCGGCCGUCGUUUUCAGUGCUGCUUACGCAGCAUUCGGAAGCUCGAUCAAGAUUCUGCGCAUCGCAGGCCUCCUCAUGAUUAUAGGGCUGCCCGCGAAACCGCUCGAGUUUGCAGCAUUUGAUCUAAUGAGGAAUCUGUACCGUGUGAGUAGCACGGCAACUGGUCCACCGCAAAAAAUGCCUCGCGCUGUCGAAUUCAUCUCAAAGCACAACAUCAAAACAAAGGUUGCAACAUAUAAAUUGGAACAAAUCCAAGAAAUGAUUGACUUGAUGCAUUCGGGGAAGUCGACCUCGAGAAUGGCAGUCGUGUUUUGA